AUGAAGCGCCGUUGCUGUGCUCUCCUCCCCAGAUACAACAUUGGCAAUGCUGACCCCCGCGCGGCCCCAUUGAUCUCUGUCUUUUUUGGGCCAAGGUGUCUCGGUACCGACCACGGCACUUAUAAUCCUGCGGAAUCAGAAGAUUGUCUCUUUGUGAAUGUGUGGGCUCCCACAAAUGCCACCGCGUCUUCCAAACUCCCCGUUUGGGUAUAUAUCCAGGGAGGAGGAUACACUGCCAAUAGCAAUCCCGACUACAAUGGCUCUACUGUUGUCGAACAGUCAGGCAGGAACCUCGUGUUUGUGAACUUCAACUAUCGUGUCGGCCUCUGGGGAUUUCUUGCCGAUAAGCGAGUUAGCCAGGAUGGCGAUUUGAACGUCGGAUUGCUAGACCAAAUCCACCUGCUCAAGUGGGUGAAAAGACACAUAUCUAAGUUCGGAGGUGAUCCCAACCGGGUCAUCAUUCACGGUGUCUCCGCUGGUGCUGGCUCCGCGGCCCUCCAUCUUACCGCCAAUGGCGGUCGUGAUGACGGACUUUUUGCUGGCGUUAUGACCCAAUCGGUCUUCUUCCCGACACAUCCUCGUGUUGAGGACCUCGGAUACCAGUUUAACAAGACUCUAGAGUUAGUCGGUUGUGAGUUCGAGGAUGAUGCCAUGUCUUGCCUUCGUGGAAAGAGCAGAAAGGAACUACAAGACGUUGCCAAUCGGGCUUUUUCGUUCCCCGGAAGAACUAGAGCAUCACGUUGGUACUGGACCCCAUGCGUCGACGGAGACCUCAUUCGUGACGUGCCAUCCGCCAUGUUCAAGUCGGGAAAUUUUAUCAAGGUACCUCUCAUGCUCGGUACAGUAACCGACGAGGGCUCCGUCUUCUCUGCCAACGCAGCUACCCCGGAUGAAUUUGUGUCGUUUAUUCGAGAUAACUUCCCUGGUCUUACGGACUCCGAUACUCCAGCCAUGAUCAAGCGCUACCCCCUCAUGGAGAAACUUCCCCAGCACAAUACCUGGUUCCCAUCAACAAGCAAGGCGUACGGCGAGGCAACAUUCAUCUGCCCUACCAAUCUCAUCCUCGACAGCUUCACCAAGUCAAGUUACGCCAGCAUAUGGUCCUACAGGUAUAAUGUUUGGGAUCUAUCCAAUACAUGGCGCGGCGUCGGCGUAACCCACACAUUUGACUCCGCUGCUAUCUUGGGCCCCGGCAGCCUGCCGACCCCCGAGAGCUACUACGGUUAUAACGCACCCAUCGUGCCUCUGCUGAUGAACUACUAUAUUUCGUUUGUCAGGGCUCUGGAUCCGAACGUUUACCGACAUAGCUCAGCGCCCAAGUGGUAUUCGUGGUGGAGGGAUGGCGAGAGGUUGGUGGUUGAGCUAAACAAGACUCGGAUGGAGACCGUAGGAGCCGGGCAGAAGGAGAGGUGCGAGUUUUGGAAAGGUCUCUCUGGAAAGAUGAGGCACUAG